AUGGCAAUUCUUGUCGUAGAGCGAUAUUCCACGAUCACGAACUUACUCCUUGGUCUAACUUUUCUUCUAUUAAACUCAACUCAUUGCUUUAGUCCAAAAAAACUCAAUAUCUCAGCCUUAUCAACCGGUGGUUCCGAUUGGUCUCUAGCUGGAGCUACGUGGUACGGCAACCCCACCGGCUAUGGAAGCGACGGUGGAGCUUGUGGAUAUGGAAAUGCUGUGGCACAAUCUCCGUUUUCGGCCAUGGUAUCAGCUGGAGGUGCUUCGUUGUUUAAGUCGGGAAAAGGAUGUGGCGCUUGUUAUCAGAUAAAAUGCACUUCGAAACCGGCGUGUUCGAAGAAUCCGGUUACGGUAGUGAUUACAGACGAAUGUCCAGGAUGCGUCACAGAGUCGGUCCAUUUCGAUUUGAGCGGUACAUCGUUUGGUGCCAUGGCGAUUUCUGGUCACGAUAGUCAGCUUCGCGGUGUCGGAGUUUUGCAGAUUCUUUAUAGAAAAGUUGAGUGCAACUAUGUUGGCAAAACGGUGACGUUUCAAGUGGAGGAAGGUUCAAACACUAACUACUUCGCGGCUGUAGUUGAGUAUGAAGACGGAGACGGUGAAAUCGGUCGAGUCGAACUCAAACAAGCGUUAGAUUCCGACACGUGGCUUCCCAUGAGCCAAUUAUGGGGAGCCGUGUGGAAGCUCGACGUGACAUCACCUUUGCGAGCCCCACUGUCUCUUCGAGUGACUUCUCUAGACUCCGGCGAGACCGUUGUGGCUUCCGAUGUUAUUCCGGCCGGUUGGCAGACCGAUGCCGCCGGCUGGGGUAAAGCUGGUGUUACUUGGUACGGUGAACCUGAGGGCGCCGGUAGCACCGGAGGAGCUUGUGGAUUUGGCUUAGCAGUGCAAAAUCCACCGUUUAACGCGAUGAUUUCAGCCGGAGGCCCUUCACUAUUCAACAAUGGAAUAGGAUGUGGAACAUGUUAUCAGAUUAUGUGCACCGAGAAUCCAGCGUGUUCAAGGACACCAAUAACGAUAACAGACGAGUGCCCCGGCGGUCCUUGCGCCUCUGAGCCAGUCCAUUUUGACCUGAGCGGCAAAGCCAUGGGCGCCUUAGCCAGACCUGGCCAAGGCUAUCGACUUCGAGACGCUGGUGUUCUUCGUGUUGGUUACAGACGUGCUCCGUGUUUAUAUAAAGGGACUAAUAUAGCUUUCCGUAUGGAUGCCGGAGCAAAUCCCUACUACAUGGCAUUUAUCGUUGAAUACGAAAACGGCGACGGAGAUUUGGCCUCCGUUGAGAUUCAGCCGGUCGGAGGAGCGUUUAUGGCCAUGCAGGAAAUGAGGUCCGCCGUAUGGAAGAUAAACUCCGGCAGUCCUCUUGGAGGUCCGUUCAAUAUUAGACUUACUUCUCGCGAAUCUCGAAAAGUAGCCGUUGCUCAAGCUGUUAUUCCAGCGAAUUGGAAGCCCGACGAGACUUAUCGAUCUGUCGUUAACUUUUAG